AUGGACAAAAUCCGCACCCUAAACACCACCUCGGGCCAAUCCAUCGGCGCCAUCCUCCCCUCAACCUUCCAAAUUUUUGCCCCCCACCUCCUCAAAAACAAAGCAGCCAUCAAAGCCAUCUCCUCCACCACGCACUCCUACGGGCCUCACUCCCGCCAUGAACUCGACAUCUACCGCUCCCCAACCGACACCCCAUCCACGCCCAUCCUGGUAUUCUUCCACGGCGGCGGCCUCAUCCGCGGCGACAAGAUCAGUCCGCAGAUCGCGGACGGCUUGAUCUUUGCUAAUGUAGGGUCGUUCUUCGCGCAGAGGGGUGUUACGACGGUAGUGCCGAAUUAUAGGAGGGUUGAUUUUGAGGGAGGUGGAGAGGGAGCGGUGUUCCCUAGUGGUGGGGAGGAUGUGGGGUUGGUGUUGGAGUGGUUGGAGGGGUUUUUCGAGGAGGGAAGGAGAGAGGUUUAUCUGUUGGGGAAUUCGGCCGGGGGUGUGCAUGUGUCGACGUUUUUGUUGUAUGAUGGGUUUGUGGAGCAGAGGAGGAAGUAUGUUCCUGGAAGCGGGAAGGGGAUUGUAUUGAAAGGGAUCGCGGAUUUGGCUGUCCCGUGUCAUUUUGAGGAGGCGGAGGAGAGUAGGGCGGAAGUGCUUAAGACGUAUUAUGGUGAUGAGAAGGAUGUUAAGGGGAAGUGUGCUUGUGGACUGCUUGAGAGUGUUGGGAAGAGUGGGAAGAGGAGGGAAGAGUUGGGUAUUCCGCAGAAGAUGUGGUUGGGCAUUGGGGAGUUUGACCCAGAGGAUGAGAUUGCUGGUCCAAUGAAGGAUUUUGCGGCCAAAUGGAAGGCGGUCUUUGGGGAGGAAGGCUUGGUGGUUGAAAAGUUAAGCGGACAUAAUCAUAUCAGUCCGCCGAUGAGCUUAAUGAGUGGCGAUAAGGAAGGAGAGCAAUGGGGCGAGGGUGUUGUGAAGUGGAUUAAGGAGUGA